AUGGCACUCUUGAAGCGCUUUGAACGCUGCGUCCAUCAUCACAGCACUACGAGAACAGGAAGAACCGCGAACGAUGCAAAAAUCGCAAAACACAUACCGGUGCAUCGGUGUACAACAUGCUGUGAAUAUGACCGGACCCCAAAGAAACCAGAAUGGGUAUUUUCCGAGUAUCAAGCCAUACUGAUAGAACAUCUCCACCAUCCAAUCCUCGAAUUUCUUUCCAUAUUCGGACAAAAGUGA